AUGUUUGAACAACAAGAACAACAACAACAAUUGGUAGUUACCAACAAUAACACACCCACUUCAACAGGAGGAGAUACAUCAUUAGCAACAUCAGCAACAACAACAAUAACAUUUGGACAAGAAAUUCAUGAACAUUAUAAAUUUCUAACCAAUCAAAAAGAAUAUGGUACUAAAAAUCACAUGAACAAAUUUAUUGAAAGAUUUUCUAAAGAAUAUCAUUCAAGUUCUAAACAAACACAAUUAUUAUUUAAAGUAUUACAUUUAAUAUCUAAUGAUUUAUUAGUAAAAUUUAAUAGUAGUAAUCAAUUAGUAAAUAGUAAUGAUUUAUUAUUUGUUAAGAAUCAUUUAUAUACUAUUAGUAUGAUUGCUAGAAAUAUUCCAUUUAGAGGAGCAUUUUCUGAUCAUGUUGAAUUAUUAUUAGAUUCAAUGAAACAUUUAUGUGAUUUAUUUAAUAAUUUACAAUUUAUUGAAUAUUUAAAUCAAAAUAAUUUAAAUUUUAUUGUUAAAAAUAAUAAUACUAAUAAUACUAAUCAAAUGCAAGAUAAUGAAAACAAGAUGAAAAUGAUGAAGAAGAAGAUAAUCCAAUUUAACUAUUUCUGA